AUGGAGUCCGUGGGAUCUGACCACGGAGAAUAUGAUCCGGACGACCUGGACCUCCCUGCCUCCCGUCAAGCAACCGUAGCCACCGCUGCGACAACGACUGGACUGCCAGCAAUCACCCCUCGCAUUCGCGUGUCCGCUAUGUCAGAACUGAAAGAGUUCUCCGGGAAGGACGACGACGAGGAUCGUGCGCGGGUUUGGAUCGGCAAGGUGAAGUCAGCUUUCAUUCGCGAUCAGGCUCCAGACGACGAGAAGUGCCUGAAAAAGCUCGAGCCGUAUCUGCUGGUGGACGAACGGCAAUCGCGUAAUCGGACGGGCACAGAGCCGAUAACGCACAUCAAUAAGCUCCAGAUGUGCUUGCGCUGGCUAGGUGGGGGAUCUUAUCAUGAUGUGCGAUCUAACAGUGGAGUGAGUGUUGCGGCGUUUUACGCCUCAAUUCAUCAAAUCGUGGAUGCGAUAAUAGCUCAUCCAGAGCUACAGCUUGAGUUUCCUACUACAGAGCCGGCCCAACGUCAUGCUACCAAGGCGUUUGAGCGACUAGGCAGCUCUCGUAUCAUGAAGGGGUGUGUUGGCGCCGUCGAUGGGUGGCUUUGUCCUAUCCGAGUCCCACAGAAAAAAGAGGUUUCCAGGGUGCGAUCGUUCUUCUCUGGCCAUUAUCAGCGGUACGGUGUAAUCGUUCAAGCUUGUUGUGAUCAUCUAAGUCAGUUUACUGUCGUAACUUGCUCAAGUCCUGGUGGAACUGGUGACGCAGUGGCAUUUUUAAAGUGGAGAUUAUCAGCGAUUGUCAAGGACCUCCCCAAAGGACUUUACAUUGUCGGUGACAACCUUCGGAUUAGGAUCGAAAUGGCUUUCGGUCUUCUAAUCUGUAAGUGGCGUGUGUUCAAGGAACCUUUGGAAAUCAGCUUUAAGAGAGUGCCUCGUACGAUUUUAGCAGCUUGUAUUUUACACAAUUGGUGUAUCAAUCAGCGUCUUCGCGAGAACCGAAGCUACAGAGUUGAAGACGAUGAAGAUAUGGUUGAAGUCGUUGAAUCAACCCGCUUGGCAGGGGACAGAUCUGUUGAUUCUACAGUCGAACCUCAAGAUUCUUCAUGUUACCGUCGCCUGUACGAGUCUUCUGACCUGGUGGUUGACACAGACACGUAUAACAGCUCGGAGUGGGUUCGUGAUGCCAUCGUUGGAUUAGUUCCCAAUAUUUCUCGCCCACAACGCAAUAGGAUUAGACGAGCACAAGAAGAGAAGAAGAACGAAUAGAUAUCCAAGCUCAACCUUGAUGAUUGCAGCGCUUAAUCCAGACUAAAACAAGUAACGAUGAGAUAAAUAAAUCAAAACUCGGUUCGAGAUUUCCACCGGUACGACGAGG